AUGGCGGCGGGCGGCGGCACCACCACCAAGAUCGGGAUCGCGCUGGUGGCGCUACUGGUGAUGGUGGCCCUCGCGGCGGACGGGGCGGCGGCGCAGGCGUGCGGCAGCACCUUCUUCUCGGCGCUGGUGCAGCUCAUGCCGUGCCGCCCCGCCGUAACCCCUUUCAGCCCCGCGCCGCCCAGCGAGGCCUGCUGCAACGCCCUCAAGACACUCGGCCGCCCCUGUCUCUGCCUCCUCAUCAACGGGCCCCCCAUCUCCGGCGUUGACCGCAACAUCGCCAAGGAGCUCCCCGCUAAAUGCACCGUCAACUACGAUCCCUGUAGCUGA